GUGAAAAUCGGCGACAAGUGGCAAUGGCGUCGUGGAUUAGUGCGUGGGUAAGCGGCAAUGGCGCGCCAAACGACGACGAGGGCAAGGAUGACAGCGCCCCCGUGAAUCAACCUUCCGCAGAAGAAGUGCGUCAAAAGAGAUUGGAGAGAUUGGCUGCCUUGGAAGCGGCUGCUGCGACUGCAGCCGCUGCAACUUCCGCCACGAUUCCAGCCCCCAUUCAACCACCAGCAACUGCAUCAAGCAUCCAGAGUACACCAAAUGAAGGCAUCAAGCGGUCAGUAGUACCUCUACAGUCGCUUCCUGUGGAGCCUUUAUCGUCGACACCCCUCUCAAAACGAAAAUCGGCUACCCGGCGCGAUCCGUUGCACAACGCACUCCAACAAAUCUUGGGCGUAACCUUGACUGAAUCCCACGCAAGCCCUCACCUCGUGUACGUUGCCAUCGACAACGACACAAUCAACGCCGACAAUUUGAGCGAAGUGUUGUACUCGCGCUUGCUUGUGGAAGAUCCAGCGUACAGCUCGACGCUUGAAUACUUGUUUGCAGUUUACCAGCGCGUGCGCAAGGAGACGUCUGGGCUGAACGACGCCGAUCUCGUUGUGGUAUUGUCUGUCCAAGAGCAGUGCGUCAACUACAGUGUCACGUGCCUUCUCGAGCCCGAAAUGUUCCCGUCCAGAUUGACUCCUCUCGAAGCGUUUGACGCGUUAGUGCGCAAUCCCAAUGCGAGCACACCGUCCUUCUUGGACGCUCUGGCCCUCGGAAUUGAAGCGCAAGGGGGAGUCGCCGCACUUGGCCGAGUCGGUGGCCCCAUUCUUCAAAAGCUCGUGUCUGAGGUGUUUCUGGGAUCGCAGUCGAUAUUAGCUGUUGAGACUUGGGCCCCCGGAAUUCAAACGAUUGGGUCCCUCGUGCGUAUCAAAGGGUUCGCCACCGUUUUUACCAACAUGCCCGGAUUCCUGCUGACGCCUCCGUUGAAUGGCCGCCGGCUUCAAGAUGCGACGGCACUGGGCAUCUUGCUUCGCUUUAGCAGCGACGCGCCAGACCCGGCGAUCAAGGAUAUGUUUGCAAACAUCACGAAACGCUCUCGCGUGGAUGUGAACGAGUCUGUGGACCGCCUCCGAUCGAACAUCUCGUUGGUGCAAAACUUGGUCACCGACAUUUUUCGCUCGUUGCUUAGAGGCGGCGCGACUUCGAAAGACCGGACGCUGCAAUGGCUGGAACAAGCUCUCGUUGUCAACGUUGAAGCCGCCAAGGAAAACCCAAACCUGGCUCUAGUAUCCACGGCGGGCAUGCUCAUCAACCUGAACGUGGUGUUGCUCCGUCUAUGCGGUCCCUUCUUUCCACCAUCAACAAAGCACUCGUUGAUCGAUGCGACGUUUUGGAACAUUUGGCCGAACCCCCUCUUUCCCGAAGACGCGACGAAACUGGUGGCCUUGGCAGCUCAGUCGUCGCAGACGACCUCAGCAACGUUUCCGUCAUUUAACUUUAUCACGCAGUGCUUCUUCCUUACCGCACGCGCUGUCCACUUGGGCACUGUCUCGACGAUCGGCAAGUACAUGCGGCUCAUGCGGCAGCUCUCGUAUAUGCAGAAUCACAUGAAUGACCAGUCCGAUCCUCGCAUGCGCGCACAAUUCGAAAUGCUCGCGGCGUCCAAGAUGAUUAUUGAUGCCAAACUCCUCCAUCCAGAACUGCUGCACGAAUUGAUUCGUUUUGCCCUUUUGUCUGCCAACGUAACGUGCCGCAUGUGUCUCGCUUCAGAUGGCAAGCCGCUUGCGACAACGGGAUUCGAUCUUCCCUUGCCCACGGCCCCCGACGCGCUCCUUCUGCCGUUCGUUCCGGAACACAUCGUCGAAGAUAUUAUCGGCAUUGUUCUGUUUGUCGCGCGGUUUGCGCCAGACGAACUCAAAUCGUUUGCAUUUGACGACUUUUUGACGAUGACGCUCAUCUUUUUGUCGUCACCGCAAAUGAUCCGCAGUCCCCAUUUGCGGGCGAAGAUGAGUGAGUGUUUGUAUGAACUGUGCCUUCCGUCGCAUGAGUCAGAGGACCGACCGACAGCGUCCAUUCCCUCAGCAGUCGCGUCCCUCGUUAAAAGCAAAUUGGCGCAGCAGCAUCUCGCUCCGUGCCUCCUCGCGCUUUACGGUGAUGUGGAGCAAACUGGAUUUUACGAAAAGCUUGAGCACAGGUACAACAUUGCGUGCUUGCUUAAGUAUUUGUGGAAGUUGCCAGACCACAAAGCCGCGUUCGUCAUGAUCAGCCAGAAUCAAACGGCGUUCGUAAAGUUUGCCCAUGGCCUCAUGAACCACAUUAACUCGCUCUUGACGGACGCUCUCACCAACUUACCAGAAAUUAAAUCGCUGCAGGAGGAAGCUCAGAGCCCCCAAUGGCUGAGCUUGGACGAAGCAUUGCGAGAACAAAAACAGAGCCUGUUGGCUGAGAAGGAGCGCACGGUCACGUCGAGUUUGCAGCUGGCCAACGAAACAAUUCACAUGAUGUCGUAUCUCACGUCGGAAAUCCGAGCGCCAUUCUUGACACCCGAGCUGGAAGACCGACUGGUUGGCAUGCUGAACAGCGUGCUGGUUAAACUUGCCGGGCCACGCGGAUUGGAUCUUAAGGUGACCAACCCGGAAAUGUACAAAUUUCGCCCCAAGGUGAUGCUGCGAGAGAUUGUCGGCACGAUUUUGCACUUUAGCCAGUACGACAGCUUUCAGCACGCGGUCGCAUCGAAUGGUCUGUAUGACCCAACGGUGUACCGCAAGUGCACGGGGAUUUUGCAGCGCACGCAACUCGUGGACGCGGCGAGUGUGGCAACGUUCGACGCUUUUGCGCAAAAGGUCGAAGCUUUGUACUCUUCUACUACCCAAGAUGAAGCAUUGUUGGGCGACAUCCCGGAAGAGUUUAUGGACCCGCUGUUGUGGCAGGUUAUGAAGGACCCCGUGACGCUACCGAGCGGCUACAUCGUGGACAAAUCCACCAUCACGCAGCACUUGAUGAAUGAUCCGUCGGACCCGUUCACGCGAGCGCCGUUGUCCAUAGAUCAGUUGGUCCCAAACUCGGCGCUCAAGGCUAAAAUUGAAGCGUGGGUGGCAGCACAGACCAAGUAACGGCAUCAAUCAAAGCCAGCGUGGUGAAAUGGCUCUGAAUCAAUUUUGUGCACGUGGUAGUUUGCGAUGGCAUCAUGAGGGUACAAGAGAUGAAUUGCCUGAGCUCAACGCCCAUCCGAUGGUCGAAAACUGCUCGAACUCAAUCUUGACAAAACGUUAGAUUACUGUGGCGUCGUCCACUUGGUUGGCAGCAUCACCAUGAUGCUCCUACGUUGUGUGUUUUCAAUGUUGAGAGUGCAGCCGGG